UUAAAAACUCAGUCUCGUUUUCCAGAACCAACAAACCAACCAUUAACACAUUCUUCUAUACUUCAAACUUCCAACUUCCAUCGCGAAUUCUUUAAUCAAAACCCAUCUUUUCUCUUUCUUUUUUCGAUUUCUCUCACACCCAUUUCUCCGAUCUUCCAAAUUCUGCAAAAACCACCCAAAAAUCCCGUCAUGUCAUCAAUCUUUGCUUCAAACGGAAUGGUCUUAGCGACGGCCAUGGCCGCCGUCUCCGGCACCGUCAUCCUCCUCGCCUUCCGCUUCCAGAAACAGCCCACCACCGCCAUCGCCGGAGCCACCAAAUUCUCAAUCACCAACCACCCAAGACCCUGCAUCUCCAUAGGUGGGACGAAGAAGAAGGUGAAAAAGAAAAAGAAGGUUCACUUUGCAGAAGAUGUGAUGGAACCAAGUGGCAAUGGAGAAGAGUUUAGAAAGAGACUUCAAAGUAAGAAUUUUAAUAAGUUGAGCACUAUUUCGUCAUUGUUAAAAGAUGAAGGGAGUAAAAAGAAAAUAAGUAUGCCUGCCAAUAGAAUGGCUCUUUACGCUGGAAUUCUCAGAGAUCGUAGCGUUCAACGAUUGGCUUAUUCAUGACUUCUAUUUCAUUAGUCCCUGAUUUUUGUAAAGUGUACAAGAUUAGUCCCUUACCUUUCAUACUUUGUGAAAUAUACAAGUUUGUGCGUAGUGUUUACUUUUUUGUGUUGUACCAUUUGUAAAAAAUGAAAGGGGAUUUUUGUAAAUUAGGGAUUUUGGAGGGUGCAUCUAUUGAGUAAUCUUAUCGCAAAGUUAUAUGUACG